AUGAAUCCUGCAAAUCGAGCUUACGCUAAAAGCUUGAUUAUGAAGGGUUUAGAAUCAUCUGAUUAUCGCUCUAGUAGCUCUUCAGAUGAUAAUGAUGUUGUAAUUCUCCCAAGAAAACCUUCAAUUCAAUUUGAAGACUACCAGGAUGAUGAUGUCACAUUUGUUGGUAUCCAAAAGCAAUCUGCUGUUCAAAGACUGCUCGAAAAUUGGGACAAACUAUAUAAAUCCAAUUAG